ACUAGUCAAUAAGACAAAUGACAGAUAUUUGGUAAUUAGGCAUUUAACAUUACAAAAGAGUAAUAAAGUUGCCUAUAACAAACUAGAUUUAUAAUAAUCAAUAAAAUAUAAACGACUUUAUUGAACAUUUCAAUUGUACAUGAAAAUAAAAAAUUGUUUGUCAUCGCUUCAUCUCUUAACCAUUUCAGUGCAGCAAUUAUUCUCGAAAAUGUUUUAAGACUUAGGGCUGUCACACACGUUUAGUUUCAACUGACAGUUAUAAAUGUUCAGUUGCAAUAGUACCUUUGCUAUAAAUUGAACUGAGGACUGUACACCCACGUAACAAUCAUUUUAAAAAAAUGUCAUUUUCUUCUUCUUCGUUUACUGUUACAGUAAAAUUGAAAUAUCCACAUAUAUAGAAGUUAUUACACUAUACAGAUAAAACUGAACGUGUGUAGCCGACUUAGAAAAGUUUCUACUUUGUGAAACCGUGCUCUUAAAAGAAAAUUUAUAUUUUUAAAUGAGUCAAAACUGAAUAUAAUAACUGUAUUAAAAUAUAUUUGAGCAAAAAAUCAGAAAAUAUAAGUUAGGAAAAGCUUCUGGUCCAAAAGUAAAUAUCAUUUAGUUAUUUUCGUGUUGAUUUCAUUAAGGAAAAACCGCGAGACGUACACAAAGUCUAGUCAAACUAAUAAACCUCCUACAUCAAACAAACCUAAUACGACCGUAAUCCUGCGGAAAGCCAGAACGCAGGACACUCCGGGAUAUUCAUUUCUUAAUGACGCCCUGGAAUUACCGUCGUCACCUUAUGUCUGAGAACACGCAUCGAAUUGAGUCGAAGCCACUGGCGUCGUUCUGUCCGUCGACUACGCCCGACAUAUCGACCGGUAAACGCGUCAUCGCGUCUCAAAGCCGUCUCGGGCCUCCUACAAUGAUGUCAUACUUACAAAAAGUUUUUUAUUCGUGGAAUUUUAGAAUACGCUAUUUUAGAGUGGCUCGAUCAAACUAACCCGCAUAGAAAUAUCAGAAUUACUUUAAAAAAUUGUAAAUUCUACCAUAGUAGUACCACAUAAAUAAAAAAAAUUGAUUAUUUUUUAAUAUGUAUAGCCCAAUCAGGGUUAUAUGAUAGGCGUUCAAUCUCUAUGAAGCCUAGACCAAAAGACUAAUUUUUGCGAAAUAAUCCUCCUAUUCGACUGAUUGGGAGUGAAAACUGUUUACUUGAGAUGAGAUGGAAAAAUCCUUGGAAAAAUAAGGUUUAAUUGUGUCCAAAAAAGAACAAAUAUGAAGACCUCUGUCUGAAAUGAAUACCCAUAUCUUCAAUAUGUGUACUUUUUGUUUACCACCCGGAUUUUCGUUUGAUUCGACUCCGUUGGACUCCAAUGGGCUUUUCCGCUACGACAAAUUGGCAACGUAGCGGUUCAUUCUCUAUUCCUUGUUCCUUAAUCCUCCCCUUUCCGUCAGUAUCAACGGGAAAAGCGGUCAGGUUUCACCGGAAGUAGCGAAAUUCUCGUCAAAUCGAACAAAAUCUUCAGCAAGGAGAAUUAACAGUGGUUGUGAACGCGUUACCAAAAAAUUUAUUCAAGAUGCUGCUGGGUUUAGUAAGGGAAUCUGUUAUGCAAUGCUUCUGUCACACAUGUCGGGCCCCAUUACCUGCUGCCGUACAUAGAUCACAGAUGCCUAUCACCAAAGUAAAAACGAAGUCAAAGAGUUUCAUACAAGACCAGCCAAAGCGAGUGCAGUUUAUCACUACUGAAGUACGUUGCCAAGAAAAAACAAAAGGUGGCCUUCGUUAUGAAGUGAUUCUGGCAGAACCAGACGUUAAAGUGCCACCACCAAAGUUAUCUCUCUCGCCGAAAGGCAGCAUGUCCGUCCAGGAUAUCGAGGAUAAGUUGAAGGCUGCUGAAGAACGUAGGCAGCAAUUGGAAUCUAAUAAAAUGGCUGCUUGGUCCUCAAAAAUCAUGAAAAUUGAAGAGGCGAGUCGCAAAAAAAACGAAAAGACUUCUCAAUUCAUAUCUGCUACUCGUGACGCUUUAGAACAAAAAAUGGGCAAUUACGAAGAAAAAAGAGAAGCGUAUAUUACCGAUUUAAGGUCUAAAUUGAAGGAUCAUAUCGAAAGCGUUGAAAAAACCAGAUUGUCUCUUGAACAACAAACGGAAGAAGUUAGAAUAGCUAUCGAAGAUAAACUGAAAACUGCUUCUCAACAACGCGACGACAACAUUAAGAAGAUGCUGGACCGUCUAAAAGAACAUGAAGAACAAAUAUCUAAGGUGAGAGAACAAAACAACAUUAAAUUACAACAAUUGGACGUUGCAAUUCAAGAAAAAUUAAUACAGGCCCAAACUCGAAAAGAACAACUCGAACAGGAACAGAAGGAGAAGCUGAGAAGUUACGAAAAACGAGCCGAGACCGUUCGUCAGAACAAAGCCAAUCUCAUCGCGGAAGGCAAACUGAUUCCAUCUUCUGGUUAAAUAUAUUGACCAGCAAAUGGAAAACACUCAAUUAUCAAACUAUUACUACUUCAUUGGAAGCUCAUUCUUCUCUAAUAUCAUUUAAAAUAACUAAUAUAGGUGCUGGUUAUAUGGCGCGUGUGUUUUAUAUACACCCUUAAUAAAAUUCGCUUGUGCCAUAGUUCGGUGAAUGUUUUUUAUAGAAAAGCCCUGUAGAUUUUUUUUCAACUUCGGCUACUAAUUUCUUGGCGGGAAUAGAUUUUUGAACGUCAAACGCCUCAAGGGCUUGCUCAUAACUUUAUAGCUAUUAGGGGUGGAUAUAAAUGCUCAUUCGCAACAUAACUAUUUUUCACACAUUGUCAAAAGUAUGGCUUCGUACUGAUAUUAAUGUUUUUUUUGUUUUUAACAUAUAUUUUCAUUUACUUAUUAACCAUAUUUAUAUAUUGUACUGAAUUAAGUAAAAUGUUUUUAUUUUA